AUCGGCAAUCAGAUAAUGGUCAGAAAUGGAGGAAAUUUCUGCAUAGGUCCACUUGAAGGUAUAUUUUUGUCAAAGAUUCUUCUUUUCUUGUUCAGCAUAAGGUACCUGAAUUCUUGCAAGCUGCAUGAGGUCCUGCCCAAUGCUGCUGUUCUAUCCCAGCUUUACAAGGCCAGCAUGCAGGAAAAAGUUCAAAAGAAGAGCACUCUAGUAGUUUCACUUGAUGAGCUUGAAGAUGAUGAGAUGUUGCCCCUUGUCGAUACGUUGCUUAAGGUCCACCUUUUCAAUGUUGAUGCAGUAGACAUACUUUCCACGUCAAAAUCGGUUGUGAAGCAAGAAUUUGUGGUAUCGUUAAUACGUGCGGUCAAUUCAACAGUCCGAAUUGUUGAAUUUCAGGAUACUCUAUUUAGAAAAGAUGUCUUGUGGGAUCUUUUUCAGGGUGGUUUGAAUUGCCAAUUGCUAAAGCUGAGGUCUACUGAGAUUCAAAAGUUGAAUAUGGCUGGAAGCUUCAUGCAGUUACACACCCUCAAUCUAGAUUUUUGUUCUUCUCUCACUAGCUUAGAGAAGGAUUGCUUUACUUGCAUGCCAAAAUUAGUGCACCUCUCCAUGUGUGGAACUAGAAUAGCUGAUCUGUGGACAACCCGUGCAGCUUUGUCUCGGCUUCCUUCUUUGACAGAACUAAGGUUUCAAAAUUGCAUAUGUUGCAAAGAUACUGGGCCAUGUCUUGCAUCAUCCAGUAAGAUGACAAAUCUUCCUGUUUCUGAAAUAACUAUGGCGCUGGCAGUCCAGCUUCUGUUGACCUAUAUUCUUCAAUAUAUGUAUCAGGCUUCUUUUGGUGAUAUGCAUGUUCAAGGGAGAGAUGAUUGUGCUGAGGAUAUAAACUUUAAACUGAGAGAUACUUCAGUUGUUUCGAAGAUGUAUCUCUCUUGGCAUCCUUCACCAAUCUGCUAUGAGAAACACUACAGGGAAUACAUGAUUGCGUCAUUGCCUCAUCUAGGAGUGUUAGAUAACUUUCCUGUUAGGAAAAUAGACAGAGAAAUGGCAAAUACUGUCUUCUCGCAGUACUAUGAGUAUCUGCCAUACAAACGUCGGCAGAAAGAAAACGUUGCAAGUGUGUUGCAUAUGCGUGAAACAGGUAGAGGUAAUGCGUACCACAACAAAUCCUCUAGGAUAAAGGAGGCAGUUUCUUGUAGGAAAAUUCCACAUUUCUAUUCAAGGUCCCUCUGUGCAGCCAAACUUGGUUCAUCUGCUUCUCCUUGCUUGCAUAAAAUAUCUAAUAUCAGCAAUGAUAUCAAAGAAGGAAAUGAGAGCCUCCGACCACGACAGUUUGAGUAUCACCCCACUAAUCCUAGUCUGAUGGCUUUCGGAACUUUGGAUGGGGAGGUGGUUGUCGUUAACCAUGAUGCUGGAAAUAUUUUUAGUUAUAAUCCACUCUUUGGGGUGACUAAUAGCAUCUUAGGCCUCUGUUGGCUCAACAAGAAUCCAUUUAAGCUCCUUGCCGGUUCUGACAGUGGCUCUUUGAGAUUGUAUGACAUCAAUGACACAUUGCAAAAGGCAGAGAGUGGUUCUAGCAGUUCCAGCCCUAUUGUGUUUGAUAAAUUUGAACAGUUGACUUCACUUCAUGUUAAUUCAACAGAUGAUCAGUUUCUUACGAGUGGUUAUUCAAAGAAAGUUGCCAUAUAUGAUAUUUGUAGUGGCAAGCGCUUGCAUUUGUUCAGUGAUAUGCAUCAAGAACCCAUUAAUGUGGCUAAAUUUGCACAUCACUCUCCAAACCUGCUAGUCACUUCAUCAUUCGAUCGUGAUGUCAAAUUGUGGGAUUUAAGGCAGACACCAAAUCAACCCUGUUAUACAACCUCGAGCUCAAGGGGAAACGUGAUGGUUUGUUUCUCCCCGGACGACCUGUAUCUGCUGGUAUCGGCUGUAGACAAUGAGGUGAAACAACUUUUGUCUGUAGAUGGGAGGCAGCAGACAGAUUUCGGUAUAGCUUCCACAGGGAGCGCUCAUAAUUAUACACGAUCAUAUUAUAUGAAUGGAAGGGACUAUGUCAUUAGUGGAAGCAGUGAUGAAUCAAUUGUCCGCAUUUGUUGUGCUCAAACAGGGAGGCGACUGAGGGACUAUUAUUUGGAGGACAGGGCAUUGGAGAGUCCAAUAUUGGUGCAGUCAUUGAGAAGUGAUCCUUUCAGACAUUUUCACAUGGCUGUCUUAGCAUCCUAUGUUCGUCCCAGUUCAAGACGAGACAUCAUUAAGGUCAAUUUGCUAGAAUCAGGGCAAUGCAAUGAUGAAGAUUCCGAGAGGGAAGACUUCCAGUUCUUACGGUCAUGGAGGUUGAAUUUCACAUCUUGCAAAUUUGUGUGUAAAUGAGUAAGGAGCUCAGAUUUUGUGCAUAUGUAUCUCCGUGCAAGCCUUGCCUAAAAAACAAAGAUCAGCUAGUGCAACUUCUAUCGGUCGACGUAGAGAUCCCAUGUCUGCUUCUCCGAUUCUCUAGUUAAUGAGAAUGUCAAUUUACUGCUUAGUUCCAACAUGAAACACCAAGCAAUGACAAAAUUUUCAAUAUAAAAAAAUAGGAGUGGAGAACUUUUGGAAGAGAGAAAACGUAGCUGGCCGCAGGGCUGCAGAUUAGGUGCUUCAACAAAUACAAGAUACUGCAUAUAUAGACACUCAUGUGGUUCAAUCUGCUCGUAAAUAAUUAUAUAUCAAGUUUAAUUUUGAAUA